AUGCCGAAACUCAAUCACGUCGUUAUUGUCGGAGCUGGUCCCUCCGGUCUUUUGCUCGGAGUCCUCCUUGCGAAAAAUCUCGGCAUCAAAGUUACGAUCCUCGAUGCAGAUACCAAGAUCAAUGGCAACCCAAGAGCGGCUCAUUAUGCACCUUCAGCAGUUUACGACUUCCAUCGCGCCGGCAUCAUAGACGAUGUACGUGCAGUCGGGCUUCACCCCAGAGGUGUAUGUUGGCGGUUGCAGGACACAACCUUCUUGGCUGGCAUGGGCCGCGAGCCAGAAGACUCAAAAUACUCAAUGGUGGUGCUGCCGCUAGAUCAAUUAGGUCCGCUCCUCGUGAAGCAUUUCGAAAGCUACCCCAAUACUGAAAUCAAGUGGGGUCAUAAGCUGGUCGGCGUAGAACAAAAUGAUAAUGGCGCUACAGCGGUCGUGGAAACGAGCGAUGGCGAGAAAAAGAGGAUCACAGGUGAUUAUCUGGUAGGCGCCGAUGGCGCAUCAAGUGGUGUUCGCACUGCAUUGUUUGGAAAAGAGUAUCCAGGAGAGACGCUGAAGCAGCAAAUUGUUGCUACUAAUGUCUACCUACCAUUCGAUGAGCGAUACGACUACUGGGAUUCCAACUUCAUUGUUCACCCAACGGAUUGGUAUAUGGCUGCCAAGAUCACAAACGACGGCUUAUGGCGAGUGACAUACGGCGACUCUGAAGACCUCUCGAAAGAAGAACUCAUCAAACGCCAACCGCUCCGUUAUGAGCAAAUUCUUCCUGGUCAUCCAAAGCCUGAUGAGUACAAGCUCGUCAGUAUGAGUCCUUACAAACUCCAACAAAGAUGCGCACCCAGUUUCCGUGUAGGAAAGGUAAUACUAGUCGCUGACGCGGCGCAUCUAUGUAACCCAUUCGGCGGCAUGGGUUUGACGGGCGGUUUCGCCGACGUUGGCUCCCUCUACGACUGCUUCACUGGAAUCCAUCUCGACGAACUUGACGAAUCUAUUCUCGAUAAAUACUCCGAAAUCCGUAUCAAGAUCUGGCGCGAGAUGAUCGAUCCCAUGUCGCGCGAAAACUUCCACCGCCUUUGGGACCCAACGCAUGAAGAGAAGAGGAAGGAAUUCUUCAAGAUGUGUGAAAAGGCAAGUGAUGAUCCGGUGUGGGGAAAGAGCAUCGCAGAGACUAUUCAUCAGGUUAGACACGAUUUCACACAAUACUUCAAGAGUAAGCAGAAGCAGAGUGGCAAGGCUAUGGGAGACAUGGCGACAAGUAAUGGUGUGCUAGCAGAGAAUAGUGCGGCAGCGUAG